UUUCUGUUCACCGAGCAGCGCGCCACCACUUAGUCCUGAGACCGACUGGUGGCAACUGUGCUCCUACGUCCUCAGUACCGCGAGUGUUCACUGGAGACAUUGUCAGCAUCCACCAUGAACACGCUUCUGUAUCUGCUGCUACUGUUGAUGAUGAUAGUUGGGUACAGCUUGGAGAAUGAUGAACAACAAAAGCCUUGUCCUCAACCAUCCCUGAAGAAUGGCCGAGUGAAGAUCCGUGGCAAAAUGGCCUACUUCGAGUGUAAGAAGAAGUUCACUCGUGUUGGGCAGCACAUUGCAGUCUGUUUGUCAAAUGGAAUAUGGAGCCAAUUAGUUCCAACCUGUGUUGGUCGUGGCUGUCCUGAUCUCGGAACACUGCCACACCUGACGGUCACUCAGCAAUACGAUGGCGGGGUCCUGAGCUUCGACUGUCCUUCUGACAUGCGCAGAGAUGGUCCGCAGACGCUGAUGUGUGACGGCAUCAAUUGGAACGCUGCUCCACCAAAAUGUCUCUAUGGAAACAGUUUAGGUUGUGACUUUGAGGAUGCCGGUCUUUGUGGGUGGAGUCAAGAUGUAAAUGAUGACUUUGAUUGGACGUGGAUAAGUGGGACCACGCCUACAUCUGACACCGGGCCAGAUGCAGACCAUACCACUGGCGCAGGUCAUUAUAUAUUCAUGGAAUCUUCAGCGCCACAGAAAGCUGGACAUGUGUCUCGUUUGAUCUCGCCGCCAUAUAGGUCUGAUCAAGAUCUCUGCCUUCGCUUCUUCUACCACAUGAAAGGCCCCAGCGUUCCAGGGGAAGUCGGAGACCUUGACGUCUACAUCAGAAGUGAAAGUGAUGAAGGCCCGGCCCUCGAUGAGACCGUGUUCCACCGGGAAGGCAACCAAGGAGCAGAUUGGAUCAGAGGAGACGUGCUGAUUCCCAGGAGGCCAACAGUAUAUAAGAUCGUGUUUGCGGCGACGAGGAGGGAGAGUUUUAAUAGCGACAUCGCACUGGAUGAUAUUCGGGUCUUCAACUGCACGGACCCCGAGUUACAGGUGGAUGAAGCCGCAGUGCGAACAAGAACACAGUUGCCGUCCACCACCAGAAGACGAAAGACGACAACAUCUCCAACAACGCCGACUACUACAAUGAAACCAACUACAUCAACGACCAGAACAACGACUACAACCACCAUCGCGACGACCACAACAAUGAUGAUCGCGGAGCCUGAGACAAAGCCGGUCAGUGACAGGACAGCAUCGUCAUCACCGUCCUUGAUGACUUCUCCACCUUCGUCCUCAACAGAUUACUCUACCAACCACAUACCGGGUUCGACUCUAGAGAAGGGAGAAACACCCUUCAAAAAUGAUCCCACGCCUGUCUCCGAAGUUAACUUUUUACCCCCUUCAUCAACAUCAACAUCGGGCUUAGACGAUUUCUCUGGAGCCACGGCUUUAAAUCCCGACGACAGCAAUGAAAAAGCCGUCGAUGGCACUAGCGACAACAUGGCACCAGAGGACGGCAGCGAUGCCAAGUCAACGCAUCCAGGUGGUUCUUCGUCCAACAGUUACCUGCAGCUCAUUGUCGGUGUGACUUUGGGAGUGGCUGUCGGAAUGGUUGUUGUCGGGAUCCUGCUGUGGCUGUGGGCAAAGAACCGACGAGAACGGAUGGAGAGGCGAAUAAUGAAGAACCACAUAGACAUACAUUGUAGCUCAGACGACAACCCGUAUCACCAUUGACUAGGCAAGUGGCAGAAAUUUGUUAAAGAACAUGAAGCCUGGCUGAACGAAGAGCAGACGUGAGUAGCUUUCAGCCCGGAAACAUCUUUGUAGCUGCAAUACACUGCCAAGAUAAUAAAAUAUAACAAUGCAACUGGAAAUCUAGUACUAUCGACAUACCUAGUCAAUCACAAACUCAUGUGGUGCUAUUGAAAGAAAACGUAGAUGAUGAUUGAUGAUGAUGAUGAUGAUGAUGAUGAUGAUGAUGAUGAUGAUGAUGAUGAUGAUGAUGAUGAUGAUGAUGAGUGUUGUAUUGACGCAAGGUGGUCUAAAAAGGCUUUAAAUUACCCAGGGACGUAGUAAGACGAGUAUUUAAAGACAGUCCGUAUUUCUUUCACAAGAUGAAACUAAAGAGAAUUUAAAGUACAUACGACUGCUAAACUGUUUGUUGUCGAAUUACUGGGUUGAGAUUAGUGUAAAGAAAGGUAAAUGACUAGCCCUAUUGGCUUAAAUGUUUCCUCUAAACACAAUACGUUGUAAGGAGUUUUUGUAUGUAAGCAACAAUAAAGAAAACAAAACCGAAGUUAUCAUUGCAGGUACCUAAGAUAAACAUUAUUUUAUUUUACACGGUAAGAUGCUUGUCAUAAGGACUUUCUCUUCCCUGUUGUUGAAUGGCAAGGUAUCACUCAUUAUGGCCAGUUAAACACAUAACAAUAGAUGUAAGCAUUGUGUCUAAUGUAAGAAAUAACCACAAAUAUGGGGUUUGCUUUUCACUUGAUAAGUGGUUUGACGAUACCACAUUCAGCACCUGACAAAGAGUCUGUAUACAGCUUAACGAACUGAAAUACAACAAAAAAGUAAAUAAAUAAAACCAAAGUAGUUGACCAAUCAACACAAACACCAACAAUGUGUAUCUACAUUUAAACAUGAAAUUUCUCAAAUGCGAGACAAUUGUGUACUGUACAAGUGUAGCCCACUGUCGUGUUCAAUCAUUGUAUAAUGUCAUGUGGUUUAAAAGUGUAUAAUAUACAACAACGGUAAUAUUUUUGUCAUAGUUUUUUUUUAGAUUUACCCUAAUACUUUAUAAACAAAAGGUGCGCAAUAUUUGUUUCAAUCGUGUUUUAUUCAUUAAUAACCUAUGAAAGUGGCUAUUAUGAUAAUUUAUUACUUAGUCAUGCUGUACAUUAUAUGUAAAUACAAGAUGUGUGUACUAAUGUGUUCUUGAUAUCUAUUGUGAGGUAAACAAAACCAAGGAAACUAUGUAAUGUAAGCAAUGUUACAGUAAAAAUAAUUGUAAUAGAUGUUCGUGGUUUGCACUUCCUGGAGUGACCGAGUGAGUGGGUGAGUGAGUGAAAGUUAACAUCACGUAGAGAGAAAUUUCUUUCAGUUGCAUUUAAAUGUCAGAAUUGUUUCAAAUUAAUUAUCCUAUGAGUAUUGUUGAUAAGCCUUUUGUCGUUUGUCUUUAUUAUACUCACCAGAAGCAUUAUUUAUAUUUCAAAUCAUUUUAACUAAAUGGUUUUUAUAAAGAGAUCGAGUUGCACUGACGUUGCUGUUGUCAUGUUUUGCGAUGGUCUUGUAUCAAGUUUUGAGAGGUAUCUGAGAGCAGCAAUGGACAAUAAAUUCAGAAUUUCCCACAAAA